AUGGGAAUCCCGGGAACCCACGAGAAGGGAGUUGGGACGACAACAACAUCGACCCAGCUCCACGGCGAGGGGAGUGGAAUGGAGGACAGUCUGUAUCAGACUAUCUGCCAUACGCCGAGCACCAUCCCGCCCCUAGUGGGCAGCCAAGUUCAUCAAAGGACGAAGGACAAGACCAAGACCAAGACCAAGACCCUCUUCGUGUUCAGUGACUGA